AUGCAGGCACGGGGAGAAUCAGGGCCUGAAGAGGAGUUCACAAAGCUGUCAAGAGCCUCCGUGUGCAACUGGGACGACACUAGUAGGUAUAUGGACUACCUAAGAACAUUUUGCGUACUCAUAGCGUACGACGCGGCCAAGUCAAAUGGCCAAAAAGCAUGGCUGAAUAUAGGACUCUCGAAGAGCCUAGCCCAGCUGUAUCGGGCGCAAGGCCAUCACGCCAUCAAUGACGUGCAGGAUCUAGAGAACAUAGAGAUGUACCUUGAAACUGUUGAAACUACCCAUUGCCUUGGUCACUCGGCUCUACAAACUUCUAUUCUACACCGGCCUCUCGCCCAGCCCGCCUCGACCGACCAACGGACAAGAGACAAGCCAGUUGUACGUCUUGUUAAUCUGCUAAAGCUUCUCAUCCGUAUUAAGAAACACAACGACACUUGUGCUUCUACCACCCAGGGUUUUCAGCCGUGGAAGAUUGAAUCCGAAUUUCGGGAGCUACAGAAUGAGGUGGAAAGAGACAGGUUGCACUACUCAAACACGCCUUUCCCUGAACAUGAAGAGCUGUCGGAAAAUGAAGACAUGGCAGAUGCUCACGCCGAGGCUAUGUGCUUCUUAGUCUGCCACUGUUGCGAUAUAGUGCUCAAUCUGCGGUUUCUUCCUAUCCCGGAGUCACGUAGCACCACCGGCCAAGGUGUUGAUACUUCGCCACCAUGCAUUCAGUUCCCUGGGGCACCACCUCUCUUCCUGUUGGAGAGAAGGAAGCGAUGUGAAGCGAGCGCGGAAGCCAUUGUCUGCGUUGCUCAAGAAAUUGUCAGAAACGGGGGUUUCUUUCUCCAUACCGCCCUACUCGGCUAUUGUUGCAUGCAGGCUGUGUUUGUCCUGAUCAAUCAACUGCAUAGACUUACAAAACAACAAGAAUCAGAAAAGCUUGUAGAGAGCACAGAAUUUAUCUUAUUCCUAUUAGAGGCGGUGAAGAAAUUCUACUCUCCGGCAGGCAUCUGGGUUGAUACAAUUUCCCACGCAAAAGAUGUGUCGGCACCAUUGACGCAUCAGAACGGCACCGUGGACGAUGCUUUUCGGUCGUACUUUAGCCGCUUCACCAAUAUCAAGGAGCCGUGCUUUGUGCCGAUAGCGUCCAAAGAAGGCUCCAACCAGGAUUCUGCAAAGCUAAAUAACGAUAAACUUUCGUCUUCCCUAGCGACAGAGCCGAAAUCUACGGCGGACAUACAGGGUCGUAAUAAUGAUGAUGCCCAGACAGUGUGGGUGGAUAAAUACGCUAGCCACCUGUCAGAGGAUAUCGAAGUAGGGGCGCAAGAUGAAGGACUCGGAGAGACGCCUAAGAUCAUCUUUGAUGAUUGGGGUCAUGCCGGACCGGACUUAUUACCACUAUCUGCAUCAGAGAGCCGCAGUAACACUCUUCCAACCACAGCCUCUGAUAACUCGCACGCUUUACCAAGCCAAGAAAAACUGAGUUCUAUCGUGCGACAUGAUGAAUAUCAAUGGAACGGACUUGACCUUGGAUUUGAUGCCGGAUCAGGAGCGCCGAUAACAGGUAUCGGAUUAGGGGCCUCCAUGCAACUUCCCUCUAGCCCUAGCUGGCUGCCGGCGGUUAGCUUUUUAUGGCAAGAACCUACUUUAUGUGAGCUGCCCUUGGUCUUGACGCCGGAGAUAUUCUCUGAGCUUAUAGCCGAGGAAUAG